AUGAAUCACGAACACUUCCAAGAGCGUCUUGAUUUCGUCAGGAACACGGUGGUCGGAUUCGGUCUUGAGCCCACCGAGAUCACACCUGUGGAAUAUCAGGAGGACGUCCCGUUUCCCUACAACAACUUCAUCUACAAAAUCGUUCUGGCCAAACCAGCCACGCAGGAUGCAUUUCUCAACGCUGGCGCGUACACCACGCCCCUACCAGAGGGAGGCGUCUCAACUGUAGUAAUGCGGCUGGCCAACUCCAGGGCUACGGACAUCAUCCAAGACAAUCGCAUCGAAAACGAAGUUGCUGCGAUGUUCCUUGCCCGCCAGGGCCUUCAAUCAUUCAAGCCUGAAGUUGCUGGUCUCAUCCCGGCCAUCUACGCCUGGAAGCCAACUCAAGACGCCGACAAUGGUUACAGUUGGACCAUGAUGGAGUUCAAGAAAGGCGUGCCGCUCGACACCAAGUUCAAGGAUCUAUCAGAUGACGAGAGAAACAUCGUACUCGGCCAGAUUGCGGACGUCUUCACCGGCAUCCAACGAGCGCCGUUGCCCGAUAGCAUUACCUCCCACGGUGGGUUAACCAUCAGCGAGUCUGGAAAGAUUGUAGGUGGCAAAAUGACCAUCCUCGAAGGAGCUCCAUGGAACUCGUACACCGAGUUUUGGAGGUGCAAGUUGGAGUCUAGCCUGCGCGAUGCCGAUAGGAGCUCGAAUCUCCAAGGUUGGAAGCCGAACGGCGUUCGUCAACGCAUUGACAAAUUCAUAUUCUCCGGGCUUGGUCCGUAUCUUGCCAGCGCUGGAGUCGACGAGACCCAACGUGUGCUUAUUCAUGGCGAUCUCACCACCAACAACGUGCAAUUCGACCCCGAAACUAGACGAAUCACAGGAGUCCUUGACUUUGACUGGGCCUACGUCUCGCACCCCGCCCACGAGUUUUUCACCUCUUUUGGAGACAUUGGGGGCAGCACCAACGGCGGCACCGCACGGGACCCAGACUUGAGCGAUGGCAAAAUUGCCAAAGCAAUGCUGGCAGGGGAUUUCAGCAUUCCCAAUCUGCCAGAAGGGGCACUUGGGCAGCUUGCGAGAGCGAAGGCAUGGGAUGAUGCGCUGGCUGAAAGAGGAGCAUUGAGGCCAAGCGAGAUCCCUGGCAUGACCGCGAUCGAACAGCUUAGAAAGUUGGAAAGCCUGCUUGCCCCAUUUGCGUUACACCACCCUGUCAUGUUGAAGAGAAAGACAGCGGAGCAGAUUGUGGAGAUGCGGACUGCUGGUGAGAAGGAGUUGAUUGAGUGCCUGGAGCGGUUCGGGUAUUGA